AGGGGAACUCCUCCUACCAAAUUAUUCAGACUGGGCAGGCUUUGCGGGCUCUUCACAAAUAGGACACGGUUCUCAAAUCCAGGCAGUCCCAACCUGACCUCCGAGCAACAAGGAACCCUGACUGGGAAAACCGGGAGAGAGAAAUUACUUAAAAAAACAACAACAAAAACUUUGUGUCAUUAUUUUUGGCGAGUGUUUACACUGUAGCCCCCUCCCCUCCUCCCUCCCCAACACCACUACUUCUUCCACACCGGUUUGUCGCAUCAUUUGGACUAUAUAUUUUUCCUGGAGGAGAGGCAUUCACGAGCAGAAGGAAAAGCUAGUGCAUUUCCACUAGCACCACUCCUCCUGUUCCACCCAUGUUGUAGCUUUUCUUCGUUUUUCUUUUCUUCCAGUUGCCUUUGCACAGUGUGGAGGAGCUGAUCUGAGUCUCUGGGGUCGAGUUGGUGUUGUGUUGCCUCCUUAAGAGCCCGUUUGGAUGCGCUGAGAGAGCGGGGCGCAGCGCUGCAGUACAGUUUAUGGAAGUUGUGGGCUGCAAGACAGAGGCAGGCAGUUGUACGUUGCGUCCAGGAGCCAUGCUUUUCCACGGCAUCUCCGGGGAUCACAUCCAAGGGAUCAUGGAGGAGAUGGAGAGAAGGUCAAAGACGGAGUCGCGCCUGGCGAAGGGCAUGCAGUUGAACGGGAGAGAGUCGACCAUGCCUUCCAUGAGCCCGGAGAAGCCUGCUCUGUGUGCCGGCUGUGGUGGAAAGAUUUCGGACAGAUACUACCUCCUGGCCGUGGACAAACAGUGGCACCUGCGGUGUCUUAAAUGCUGUGAAUGUAAACUCGCGCUGGAGUCGGAGCUAACGUGUUUUGCCAAGGAUGGAAGUAUCUAUUGCAAGGAGGAUUACUACAGAAGGUUCUCCGUGCAGAGGUGCGCGCGCUGCCACCUCGGGAUAUCGGCCUCGGAGAUGGUGAUGCGCGCGCGAGAUUCUGUGUACCAUUUGAGCUGCUUCACGUGCACCACCUGCAACAAGACGCUGACUACGGGCGACCACUUCGGGAUGAAGGACAGCCUGGUGUACUGCCGGCUCCACUUCGAGACCCUGGUGCAGGGACCGGACUACCACCCCCAGCUUAACUUCGCCGAGCUGGCAGCAAAGGGCGGCGGCCUCACCCUCCCCUACUUCAACGGUACCGGGACGGCACAGAAAGGAAGGCCGCGGAAGAGGAAGAGCCCGGCCAUGGGGAUAGAUAUACCGAGCUACACAGGCUGUAACGAGAAUGACACGGAUCACUUGGACCGGGACCAGCAGGCCUACCCUCCAUCACAGAAGACCAAACGCAUGCGGACCUCCUUCAAGCACCAUCAGCUGCGGACAAUGAAAUCCUACUUUGCCAUCAACCACAACCCAGAUGCCAAGGACUUAAAGCAGCUGGCCCAGAAAACAGGCCUGACUAAGAGAGUUCUACAGGUUUGGUUCCAAAACGCAAGAGCCAAAUUCAGAAGGAACGUUUUGCGACAGGAGAAUGGAGGUGUUGAUAAGGCUGAUGGCACCUCACUCCCUCCACCCUCAUCUGACAGUGGGGCCCUGAGCCCCCCCUCCAGCGCGGCCACACUAACAGACCUGACAAACCCCUCUAUCACUGUAGUGACCUCCGUCACCUCUAGUUUGGACAGCCAUGAUUCGGGGAGCCCUUCACAAACUACCUUGACAAACCUUUUCUAACAAUCUAGAAGACUGAUUUUUUUAUCUGAUUUAUUUGUUUUCUUUUUUUUCUUUUUCUUUUGCCAAUCUACAUUUUAUUUUUUUAAGUGACACCUUUAAAUCUACCAGAGACAGCUCCUUGGAACAGAAAGUGCUGUACUGUGUACACAAACAAGAACAACAAGAGCAAGAACAGCAGCGACCACAUUAAAACACAUGGAAAUCAUUUUAAUGUGUAGCAUCUGAAACCACAUGGCAGCCGUGUCUGUAGAUGAGUUACAGUUUGCAGAGAUUGAUUCUGAAUGGGACAUUUUGAAGUCGAACGGAUUUAAAAAAUGUCAUGGAUUCCACAAACAAUUCAUCUGAAAAAAAACAACUUAACUUGCCGCUUGUCUGAAAAGCUAGAUUUAAUAUUUGAUUUGACUUUAUUUGUACAUUUGUAUGGAAUUAUGAUAAAACAAGUCCUCCUUAAUUUAUGGGUAAUUGGUAAUUUAAAAAAUAACUUGAAUAUUUCGCCCUCAAAAACUUGUAUGUGUAUGCACUGUGUUCGCACUAUCAAAUUUGAAGAUUUUGUUUGGUCUCUGUUUGGAAAUAAUUUGGUCAAUAAUUUUACAGAAUGUUCUGUAUUUGGGUAACUCCAGAAAACAGGCUUAAUAACUUCCGAAUGUUUUGGUCGUUAAGACCGAGUUGGAUGGAAUCAGGCAUUAUAAUAUCUCACAGAGCUACAUGGAACGCGUCUAAACUUCAAUUCUAACAUCUAACCAUCGUAGCUUAUAUGGCAGGUUGAUGCUAACUCCAUACAUUUUGUCUUGGUUAAUUUAUCUACUGUGAUUCAGAUGAAAAAAAACAAGCAAAUCACACAUUCUUUACAGUGGUAACUGCUCAACAUGUAAUGCAGUCACAUUGAUAGAAAUGAUCAGAAGAGAAAUUUGGAUUGGAAAACAGUUUUCAUGACAGAGCACUUUCUCAGAUUUGUUGGCCUCAUAGAUUAACCGUAGUCAAAUGGAUAAACCUUAGCAAACAUAUCCAUAAACCCACAGCUAAACCCAAUUGCACAGUGACAAUAUACUGCCCAGUGAAAA